UUUGUGGAUUGUGGAUUUGGCUUUUGUCCAGCUACCAAGCAGUAUAAGGUGAUCAGAAUAUUUAAUUCAGGGGUGGAUGAGUUGAUUGAUUGUCCAAUAUAAUGAGGGGAAAAGACCCAGCAGAAGGAUGGGAGAGGUGUAUACUCUUGGAACGAAAUCUUGGGAAAAUGUGGGGUAUACACGUUCAUAUUUCGGUAAGUUAACAUCGCCAACUUACUUGAAUGGGAAUCUGCAUUGGUUUCAUGGAGGUUGUCUCGGCAAUAUAAUACUUUCAUUUGAUUUCUCACAAGAGAGCUUCCAAAACUUCCUCCCACCAAAGUUUAGCGCGUUUGAGUUUUCCUAUAGCGAUAUACCGCAUAUGAGUAUGAGCGUGCUAAGAGGUCAUCUUUGCUUAUGCCUUGCCAAUCCUGAUUCUAUGACGGUAUGGGUGAUGGAGGAAUAUGGUGUUCAAGAAUCUUGGAAGAAAUUAGUCAAGUUCAGGAAGGCAGAGAGAUGUUCUACUUUGAACUAUGUCUGCACCCAGUGGAUUACCUGAAUUGUGGAUCACUUCUGAUGUUUUAUUACCCAAAUAAUCUCUUCUGACAAUACCUGGAAUUGUACCGCCCGUGUAGGGUGAAACUCAGACUAGGGUUUCCUGCAAAACAGA